UCCCAUCAACCAAAUCAAACUCUCCAUGUCCAAUCACCAGGAGGAUCUUGAUCUCCUUCUCUCUCUCGAAGAUAGGGUUUUGGAAACCCCUCCCCACUCACCAGGAUACCUUUCUGAUGAUGGAUCUCCAAGGCGAACAAGGCAGUCAGACAUGUCUGUCUUCAGAAAUGCCGUCCAAGAUUGUCUUGAUUUUGAGCCUGAACCUGUGAAAAAAGCUCCCAAUUUGAAGAAGAAUGAGACUGACGUUGAGAAGUUUUCAGGUUUGCGUAUAAGGAAUCAACUGGUCUCCUCUGUUGAGCUUAGCAGCCAAUUUUCAGAUAUUCGAUUUGUUCGGUUAUCAGCAAUAAAGAAUUUGCUGGUGGGGGACACCCUUUCAGGUUGUUGGGCGACCGUUGGUGUUUUGACUGAGAAGGGGAACCCAAAGACUAGUUCUGCGGGGAAGAACUAUUGUAUAUGGAAAAUUGGGUGCUUGGAUGAAGACACUGUUAGUGUUUUCUUGUUUGGUGAUGCUUAUCAGAAGAACUGGAAGGAGCAGGCUGGAACAGUCUUUGCAUUAUUCAAUUGCAGUGUUAGGAAGGAUGCCAUGGGAAAUGGGUUUUCAUUAAGUGUCUAUUCUCCAGGUCAAAUUUUAAAGUUGGGCACUUCAGUUGAUUAUGGAGUUUGCAAGGGAAAAAGGAAGGAUGGGAUGGCUUGUACACUAGUCAUAAACAAGCGUCGUGGGGUGUAUUGUAGAUACCAUAAAUCGAAAGCAUCUGAGAAAUAUUCCAUAAUGCGAACUGAGCUCAAAGGAGGGAACUUAAAGACAGCCUUUCGGGAUCCUCUCACCUCAAAAGGAGUUUACUUAGUUGACCCCCUAGCUGAUAAAACCAAUGUAAAAAGGCCCAUGCAGCCACUAAAGUUGUUAUCAGUGGAUGGACUGAAGAAGGCACUUAGCAAUGCAGGUAAAGUGACAACAAAUGCACACUCACAAGGAAUAAGGUUUCUAACUGAAAUCACAGGGAAGGUGGGCUCAAAAAUUACAAAAGAAGGAUCAGGCCCUAACCAACAAGUGGCCAAGAGGCCAUCAACAACCAUCAGAACGGAUUCGUCUGCAGUUGCAAGAAACCAGCAGCCUGGCACAAAAAGAAAGAAAACGGAGCAGGAGCAACCAUCAUCUGGAAAAGCCAAGAUGGCUACUGAAAAGAUGAUUGAAUUAGAAUUUGUUAGUUCAGAUGAAGAAUUCUAGCCUUCCUUGCUCACUCUUACAAAUACAACCUGGUGUGCUUAAUCCACCAGUGUUGAGCCUCCAUCUUGUGGAAGUAAAGGUCCAAAAUAACCAGGAAAGCUGCUUUACAGUCGAGAACUACAGAUUUUACAAGUUGCAGCCGGGUAGAACUAGAAAAUUUGUUAGGUGACAUCUUGGUUGAAAUUUUGACAUAAUUUUUAGAUGACAUAAUGGUCAGGAGUUUCAUUUCCUCCAUUGGUCUUCAGAUUGUGAGUAAAAUCUCUCCAGCAUAAAGUUCUAUUUGCAGUGAGCAAAAAAGUUUAGCAAGUUGAAAUGCAGGGCAAUUUGUCUUGGCUAUUUAUUCAACAGACAAUUUUGUAAGAUUCUUACCUGUUCUCUUUCUUCUGUUGUGAAAUAGAAUCUGUUUGAUGUUUUUAUUCGGUUAG